AUGAAUGCUGAAUGUGCUUUUGGUGAUGGAGCUAAAGUAGAAAAAGAGGCCCCAUCUCUCCCUUUAAACCAUCGUUUUCUUGAACCAGAGAAAGCAGUUAAAACAAUUACAGAUAUGGCAAUUUGGGAGAAAUCGGAGGCUUAUAUGGAAUAUACAGGCUUUAUUGUCACAUUAAAUGAGGCUAUCAGAGCAAAACCACUGUCAGUUGACUGUAAAGUAUCCCACAACAUUAAAAAACUUAAUGAAUUACUUGAUAAAAUUAAUAAUUUAAUUGAUGUGUUUCCCCCAAUUGAGCAGCCACAAAGGUUUGGAAAUGUUGCAUUCAAAGAUUGGUUAAAUCAAGUCAGGUUAAAUUCAACGACAUAUCUUCAAGAAGCGUUAGAUCCUAAACUGCACUUAGCCAUACCAGAAAUCAAAGUGUACCUUGAAGAGAGUUUUGGUAACUCAACUAGAAUUGAUUAUGGUACAGGCCACGAAAUGUCUUUCAUUAUGUUUUUGUGCUGUCUCUACAAAAUAAGUUGCUUACAAUUAGAUGAUAAUGUGUCCACUGUGUUCAUUUUGUUUAAUAAAUAUUUGAAAAUAGCAAGGAGAUUGCAGCAGACAUAUAGAAUGGAACCAGCUGGUAGUCACGGCGUGUGGAGUUUAGAUGAUUACCAGUUUGUACCAUUUAUCUGGGGUAGCUCCCAGCUUAUUGAUCAACCCAGAAUAUACCCACCUGCCAAAUUUGUUGAGGAAGAUAUAAUUGAGAAAUAUUCUAAUGACUACAUAUUUUUAUCAUGCAUUAAAUACAUUAAGGAAGUAAAGAAAGGUCCAUUUGCAGAACACUCAAAUCAAUUAUGGAGCAUUAGUGCUGUGGGAUCUUGGGCUAAAAUAAAUCAGGGUCUUAUAAAAAUGUAUAAGAAAGAGGUGCUCGGCAAGUUUCCUGUUAUUCAGCAUGUAUUAUUUGGAUCUCUUUUACCAAUACGUAGAUUUCCUAUUCAACAAUAA